AUGCAAGAAAGAAAACAUUUGAAAAUUGGCCAUGUAAUCACCCUCUUUCACCAAAUGACCUUGCAAUGGCUGGAUUCUUUUAUACAAAACAAGGGGACAAAGUUCAAUGUUUCUAUUGUAACUUGUCAGUUGAGAAGUGGGAACCUAAUGAUGAUGCUUAUGUGGAACAUUGCCGUUUCAAUUCAAACUGUCCGUUCAUGCUUAUGCAAAAGGGAAAAGAAUUUAUUCAGCAAUGCAAUCCUGGUGCUGCUGGAAUCUAAUCUAAUCUUAUCUAUCUAUCUAUCUAUCUAUCUAUCUAUUCUUAUCUUAUCUAUCUAUCUAUUCUUAUCUUAUCUAUCUAUCUAUUCUUAUCUUAUCUAUCUAUCUAUUCUUAUCUUAUCUAUCUAUCUAUUCUUAUCUUAUCUAUCUAUCUAUUCUUAUCUUAUCUUAUCUAUCUAUUCUUAUCUUAUCUAUCUAUUCUUAUCUUAUCUUUCUAUCUAUCUAUCUAUUCUUAUCUUUCUAUCUAUCUAUCUAUUCUUAUCUUUCUAUCUAUCUAUCUAUUCUUAUCUAUCUAUCUAUCUAUCUAUCCAUCUAUCUAUUCUCCAUCUUGUCUCCAUCUAUCUAUUCUUAUCUAUCUAUCUAUCUGUUCCAUCCAUCUAUCCAUCUAUCUAUCUUAUCUAUCUAUCUAUCUAUUCUUAUCUAUCUAUCUAUUCUUAUCUAUCCAUCCAUUCUUAUCCAUCCAUCUAUCUAUCUAUUCUUAUCUAUCUAUCUAUCUAUUCUUAUCUAUCUAUCUAUCUAUCUAUUCUUAUCUAUCUAUUCUUAUCUAUCUAUCUAUCUAUUCUUAUCUAUCUAUCUAUCUAUUCUUAUCUAUCUAUCUAUCUAUUCUUAUCUAUCUAUCUAUCUAUUCUUAUCUAUCUAUCUAUUCUUAUCUAUCUAUCUAUUCUUAUCUAUCUAUCUAUUCUUAUCUAUCUAUCUAUUCUUAUCUAUCUAUUCUUAUCUAUCUAUCUAUUCUUAUCUUAUCUAUUCUUAUCUUAUCUAUUCUUAUCUUAUCUAUUCUUAUCUUAUCUAUUCUUAUCUUAUCUAUCUAUCUAUCUAUUCUUAUCUUAUCUAUUCUUAUCUUAUCUAUCUAUCUAUCUAUUCUUAUCUUAUCUAUCUAUCUAUUCUUAUCUAUCUAUCUAUCUAUUCUUAUCUAUCUAUCUAUUCUUAUCUUAUCUAUCUAUCUAUCUAAUCUUAUCUUAUCUAUCUAAUCUUAUCUUAUCUAAUCUUAUAUUAAAAGAUGUGCCAUUUGUAAAUUCUGAAAGUCUUUUUAAUGCUAUUAUGGAGUUACCAGGUGCCGAAGAAGCAUCCUCUGCACGAUUAAAAGAGCCACACAAAACCAAUCCUGCUGAGAUUGCCUUUUUGAAAACCUGCAAGGGUGGGCUUCUUAUGACACCAAAUCAAUAUGCUGUAGAAUAUUUUUCUAUCAUUAGGCAAAGAAUUGAAAUAUUUACUGUUAAUUUUUUUAUUGCUUAUUUUAUAAGUAACAAAAGUUAUUUCUAUCUAUAG